AUGGCAGUUGUCAACUACUCCAAAGAUAUCAACUUCAACUUCUCCAAAGGGAACAACGCUAUUUGUCGUGCAACUAUUGAUUUUGAUGGAGUUUUACGAAUCUACGCUCAUUUUGACGACGCAAAUCAGAAACAUCAAGUUAAAAAGUGGUGGUCACCGCCAUCCUUGGACAAUCUUUGUCAUGUGAAGACUUUUUGUGGGUUCAACAGCUAUUGUACCUACAAUGACAACCAACCUAAUUGCAAUUGUCUUCCCGGGACUGAUUUUAUAGACCCAAGUCAUACGAAUCUGGGAUGCAAAAGGAACUUCUCAGAAGCUGAAUGUGAAGGUGGGAAAGAUAAUGCAACUUUUUAUUUCAUGUCCCCCCUGGAAGAUAUAAGCGUGGAUGGUGAUCUUGACCUUCCUUAUGCAGACGAAGACAUUAUGGAGAAGGAAUGCCCAAAUUCUUGUUUGCGAGAUUGUUACUGCGGGGCUGCCUUUUAUGAAAACAAUCGGUGCAACAAAUAUAAGCUUCCAUUGAGAUAUGCCAGAAGAGAAAAUCUAUCCUCCUACUCCACAAUAUAUUUCAAGGUGGGACAUCAGAGCCUCAAAAGCAACAGAGACAACCAGCCACCUUCGAUCAAGACUGACAGUAAGAAAGCAAUUAAGAUGAUCAUUCUCAUUGUCUUGGGUUUUGCUAUUCUUUUGUGUUCAGCAGUUGCUGUCGCUACCCGGUUUAUAUACAAGAUUGGAGUUUUAAGUUACAAGAGGUUGUUGGAGAUUGGAGAUUUAGGAGUGACCGAAGGGAGUACUCUGAGGGUAUUUUCAUACAGUGAGCUGAAGAAAGCCACACACGGUUUCAAACAACAGGUGGGUAAGGGUUCCUUCGGAUCAGUUUACAGAGGAACUUUACACAAAGGAAGAAAAUUGAUUGCUGUGAAAAUGCUACACAAGUCAAUCGAUGAAGGAGAGAGAGAAUUUGAAGCUGAAAUGCAAGCCAUUGGGAAAACACACCAUAAAAACUUAGUUCGCUUGCUGGGAUAUUGUGCUGAGAGAUCUAAAAGGCUUCUGGUUUAUGAGUACAUGAGCAAUGGCUCCCUUGAGAAGCUUAUCUUUGGUGACAGUACUAUGCGUCCAGAUUGGGAUCAGAGAAGAAGAAUAGCACUAGACAUUGCAAGAGGGUUGCUAUAUCUGCAUGAAGAAUGCAGGGCUCCCAUCAUUCACUGUGACAUAAAGCCUCAAAACAUAUUGAUGGAUGAGAUUUUCACAGCUAAAAUAUCAGACUUUGGGUUGGCUAAACUUCUGAUGCCGGAUCAAACAAGAACCUUCACUCAAGUUAGGGGCACAAGAGGUUAUUUGGCUCCAGAAUGGAAUAAGAACACUCUAAUAACAGUGAAAGCAGAUGUUUAUAGCUAUGGAAUAAUGCUGUUGGAGAUUGUAUUUUGCAGAAAAAGCCUAGUGGUUAAUAUGUUGAAUCCAGAGCAAAUUGUUCUGUCCAACUGGGUGUACAAGUGCUUUGCUCGACGAGAACUAAACAAGCUGGUUGUUGGGGAAGAAGUGGAUAAUAGCUUACUGGAGAAUAUGGUGAAAGUGGGGUUAUGGUGUAUUCAAGAUGAACCUUUUCUUCGGCCAUCAAUGAAGAGUGUGGUGUUGAUGCUUGAGGGAGUUACGGAAGUGGCUAUUCCCCCUUGUCCAUCUUCUGAUUCUAUUUGCUAGGAAACAAAAGCGAACAAGAUGUUGCAAUUUCAUGUGGCUUUCAUUUUAUUUGUUUUUAUUUUUGUGUUUCUGUGUAAUUUUUUCUUUAAGCUUGCGUACAUCUACCUAUUUGCCAGGAAUAAAAAAGAAUUAUAAAAUUAAUUUUGACAUU